CUUCCUCUCUUUGUUGUCCCAUGUUUUCUUUUCCUUCUGAGAUUUAACUUGAAGACCACGUCACUGGCAGUUUCUGCAGUCAUUUGCCAAACCAGCCCCAGCCUGUCCCACCAGCAAGAUGAUCCUGACUCUGCUGCUCGGUCUUGGAGGGCCCCUGGGCUGGGGGUUGCUGGGGGCCUGGGCCCAGGCCCCUGAUACCAGGUUCUCUGAUCCACACCACCCAAGGCUGCCUGGGGUCUGGGGUGCAGAGGCUGAGGACACCAGCAGGGACCCUGUCAGACGUAACUGGUGCCCUUACCAGCAGUCCAGACUGGUCACCUAUGUUGCUGCUUGCAAAACGGAGAAAUUCCUGGUCCACUCACAACAGCCAUGUCCAGUGGGGGCUUCAGACUGCCAGAGAGUCAAAGUCAUGUACAGUGUGGCCCACAAGCCGAUAUACCAGGUGAAGCAGAAGGUUCUGAUCUCCAUGGCCUGGAGGUGCUGCCCAGGCUUCAAGGGCCCCGACUGUCAGCAUCACGAUCCCACAGCAACCCCGGAGCCUGCAGAACCAAGGAAUGACCCCCAGAAGCCGCGGGACCAGUUGGUCAACUUCGAACUUGGCCACCCCACUGCAGAGCUCAACGAGGUAGAGGAGGUUGAUGUCCAGGUGCAGCAUGAACAGCAGGAACACCUACUGGAAGAUCUCCAGAAUGAUGUCGACCAGGCGGCAGACAGCCUCCCCGGGCUGUGGAAGGCUGCAACAACAGAGACAUCUGCAACCACACAGGCAAAUCAAACGGAGCUGGAGUUUCCUGGCAGGUCCUUGGAGCAAGUGCUGCUGCCCCACAUGGACACCUUCCUGCAAGCACAUUUCAGCCCUAUCUGGAAGAGCUUCAACCAGAGCCUGCACAGCCUCUCCCAGGCUAUAAGAAACCUGUCUCUUGACGUAGAGGCCAACCGCCAGGCCAUCAAGAGGGUCCAGGAGAGUGCUGUGGGCAGAGCAGAGUUUCAGGAGCUUGGUGCCAAAUUUGAAGCCAAAGUUCAAGAGAAUGCCCAAAGAGUGAGCCAGCUACGCAAGGAUGUGGAGGAUCAUCUGCACACCCAGCACCUCUCCCUGCAGCACUCCCUGUCUGAGGUCCAGGCUGAUGUGGAUACCAAGUUAAAGAACUUGCUCAAGAUCCAGGAGUCCCCAGGGGCUAAUGGCAGCCUGGUGAUGGCAGCAGCAGGGGCAGCAGCAAAGCCAGAGCCAGAGAGCCUGCAGGCCAGACUGGGCCAGCUGCAGAGAAACAUCUCAGCCCUGCAUGUGGCCACCAGCCAGAGGGAAGAAGAAUUGCAGAGCACCCUCAGGGACAUGAGGGCCACCCUGGCCCAGCAUGUGGAAGAAAUCAAGGAGCUAUACUCUGAGUCGGACGAAACCUUUGAUCAGAUCAGCAAGGUGGAGCGGCAGGUGGAGGAGCUACAGGUGAACCACACGGCUCUGCGAGAGCUGAGAGUAAUCCUGAUGGAGAAGUCUCUGAUCAUGGAGGAAAACAAGGAAGAGAUGGAGAGACAGCUCCUGGAGCUCAAUCUCACCCUCCAGCACCUGCAGGGCGCCCACGCCGACCUCAUCAAGUACAUCAAGGACUGCAAUUGCCAGAAGCUCUACUUUGACCUGGAUGUCAUCAGGGAAGAUCAGAAGGAUGCCACUCGCGCCUUGGAGGAAACCCAGGUGAGCCUGGAUGAGCGGCGCCAGCUGGACGGCUCCUCACUGCAGGCCCUGAGGAACGCCCUGGAUGCUGUGACUCUGGAGGUGGAUGUGCACAAAGAGGAGGGCAGGCAGGCGCGGGCCGAGAGGGCCCGGCUCCGGAGCCAGCUGCAGGCGUUGGAUGGCCAGGUGGGCGCGCUGAAGACAGGCGCGGAAGAGACCCGCCUCGAGAUAAGCCAGCUACACAGCUCCUUUGCAGCCCUGCUGGAAGACGCACUGCGCCACGAAGCUGUGCUGGCCGCGCUCUUUGGUGAGGAGGUGAUGGAGGACAUGUCAGAAGAGGCACCUGGCCCGCUGCCCUUGCGUUAUGACCAGAUCCGUGUCGCCCUGCAGGAGGCUGCCAGUGGGUUGCAGGAGCAGGCGCUCGGCUGGGACGAGUUGGCCGCCCGGGUGGCAGCUCUGGAGCAGGAUGCGAGUCACCGCUCAGAGCCUUCAAGGCGGGCAGAGCACCUGGAGCCCAGCCACGAUGCCCAGCUGGAAGAUGCAGGAGCCACCACCGCCCUGGCUGGGCUGGAGCAAGAGCUCCAGCGCCUGAGCUCUGACGUCAAGCGCGUGGGGCAGUGCUGCGAUGCCUCCUGGGCUGCCUCCCUCAAUGGCUCCCUUGAGGGCCUCCACCAUGCCCUCUCCACCACUGAGCGUGGCUUGGAGCAGCAUGAGAGGCUCUUCCACAGCCUCUUUGGGAACUUCCAAGGGCUGAUGGCAACCAAUACCAGCCUAGACCUGGGGAAGCUGCAGGCCAUGCUGAACAGAAAAGGGAAGAAGGAGCAGAAAGGUGUGGAAACUCCCAGGAAGAGGGACAAAAAGCAAGUGGCAUCUUGGGUGGAUGCACAUGCCAAAGGACUGGAGCAAGAUGCCCUGGGCGCAGAGCUUUGGGAGGCAGGCUCCCCUGUGGCCUUCUAUACCAGCUUUUCAGAAGGUACAGCUGCCCUGCAGACAGUGAAGUUCGACACCAUGUCCAUCAAUGUUGGCAGCAGCUACUUCCCUGAACACGGCUACUUCCGAGCCCCUGAGCGUGGCGUUUAUCUAUUUGCAGUGAGCAUUGAAUUUGGCCCAGGCCCGGGCACGGGGCAGCUGGUAUUUGGAGGUCACCAUCGGACCCCAGUCUGUACAACAGGGCAGAGUGGUGGAAGCACAGCCACAACCUUUGCUAUGGUUGAGCUACAAAAGGGUGAGAGGGUAUGGUUUGAGUUAACUCAGGGAUCAAUAACCAAGAGAAGCCCACCAGGCACUGCAUUUGGGGGCUUCCUGAUGUUCAAGACCUGAAACCUGGGUACAGCUCUCAUCAGACAUCAGGGACCUGCCUGCUCUUCUUGGCCUGAGGCCCCACCUGGCAAUGAAUGGUCUGGAGACCAUCCAGUUGGCCUAGCUCUUCUCUGGAAACCCUCUACAAAAGACCACAUGAUAUCUAGUUCUGUGGUUCCCUCUAGAUGCACUGGGUUGGGGUAUUCCUCAAAGAGGAGGAGAGAAAGACUGCUUCUCUCUGGGCAGUUCCUGGAAGUGUGAACCUCAGCUCCAACUGCCUUCUCAGAUAGCAUGGUUUGGACUCUGGCUCUUGGCCAUACCCUGCAUUCUACAGACUUCUUUGGUAUUUUGCUCUUCCUGUUGCUGGGAACUUUUAUACACUUUAAAUCUCUCUGCUUCCUCUUCUCCCUAAUUAUAUGCUAGAAAGUCAUUUUUUUUUUUCCCCAGGAGGUGAUGGGAUGGAUAUACCUCAGUGGUAGACUACUUGCCUCGAAUGCAUGAGGACCUGGGUACAGUCCUCAGAAUUGCAAAACAAAACACAAACAAAAAAAGCAGAGGUGACAUUUAAGCCAAAAUUGGAACCCAGUAUUCAGCUGUUACAGGACAAGAUAAAACCAACCCUUUUGGUCUCUAUCAAUUAGAAAUGGAGCAAAGUCCUGUUGAGUUAAUCAAGGGCAACAAAAUCAGCAUAUUCGGCUUCAUUCUUCGUCUUUAUCUGUACCUAUAAUUUUAAUUUCACAUCCUUUUCUCCUAGACUUAUUCAGGGUAAAGGCCAAGACAUGCCAAAUAGAAACUAAAAUGUAUGUAGCCUUCACUGUUUUUACUUCAUCCAGUAUAUCAUGACUGUACUACUUCUUAGCAUCUCUAACCAGGAAGGGUGCUGAGGGAGGAAGAAGUGAAGGAAUAAAAUCUCCCUCGAUGAUGAUCAACUUUUGGAAUAAAGUGAUGCCCUUCAAAUCUCUGCCUCAUUUACUUUUUUUAAUAUUUAUUUUUUAGUUGUACACAAUACCUUUGUUUUGUUUAUUUAUUUUUAUAUGGUGCUGAGGAUCGAACCCAGGGCCUCGAACGUGCUAGGCGAGUGCUCUAGCACUGAGCCACAACCCCAACCCCUGCCUCAUUUACUUUUGGAGAGAGAAAACAUUUGGCAAAGUACGUGGAGAUAUGGGACAACAAUGAGACUAUGUGAGAUCAAUGUGAUUCUCAUUAUUCUAGGCCCAGUUUGACUUCAGCAAUUUCAGUUAAUUUUACAUGAAAUAGACAGUGGCUUCCACACUGGGCCAUGACAUUGAUACCAGACAGUAUAGCAAAGAAAAGCAAUUAUUCCUGCAAUAUAAACAUGUGGUUUUCAAAAAUUUUCAGAUCCUAGAGGAAACAACCUUGAGAAAGCAGUCAUCGGUUGUUGGAAAAUAGAGUGGAAUUUUGGGGGGUAAUAUUCAAUAUUUGUUGAAUUUUUUUAAAAGACUUUAAAAAUAUAUAUCUUUAUUUUGUUUGUUUAUUUUUAUGUGGUGCUGAGGAUCAAACCCAGGGUCUCACACGUGCGAGGCAAGCGCUCUACCGCUGGGCCACAACCCCAGCCCCAAUAUUUAUUGAAUAUAAUCUUUACAAGAAAAUCAGAUUGGUCUGGGUAAUAAGUUGGUGGUUGUGUUAACAAGGUUUCUAGUAUGCCUUGUAAUUUCCCUGGAGUCAUUCAUUCAAAUUUCCCCUCUGAAUUUAUUUGCCAGAAAGCUUUAUAAACUCAAUUACUAAAAUAUCAAUGUUAAAAUUUUCCAGGCUACUCUGCCACUGAUGGUUUGACUUUGGGUAAAUCACAACUCUUCAAAACUUUGUCAAUUCAUAGUUGUGAGGUGAUCAAUCUAACAGCUCUCUCAUUAAGUAUUCUUGACCUUGACCACAGAUUGAAUCUUGUUCACCUCCAAUGAAGCUCUCAGUUGCCAAGGCCAUUCCUGAUCCUGGGUAUAUGUAGUUGGGCCAUGGCAAGUCCAAGACUAUAGUUCCUGAAGGAUGUCACUCCUGCUGCCAGCCAGACCAACCUGUCUUGGAUCUUCUUAUUGCUAUUGAGCAGAUCCUGCUGAUGACUAAAGCUGAAACAUUAGGGCAGUGUGGUCUUAUUCAUUAAGACUUCCAUUUGGAAUUUUUUGCACAUAAUAAGCAGAGUGAAUUAACCUUGUCCAUAAAGGGUGCCUGUCCUCCAACUUCAGAGGAUAAGUGCUCUUCAACAGGAAGAUUGUAAAUAAAAGCUAACCUGGCUAACUCUGCCAGCAGCUUUGUAUCAGGCACUCCUGACAUUUCUAGAAUCAUGGUUUUUUUUAGCUAGGGUGCCUUCCAUACAACAAAACAUAUGUGAUUGCACAUCAUAAAACCUUAAGUACAAAUUUUCUAUUUACACAGUUCUACGAUUAGAAACCUAGGUCAGCAAGAAAUCUUAACUUCCUCUGAGAUUUCUUACCUCUGCUGAGGUAACUAACUCUGGGUAGAGACUUUCUCAGUGCCCUUCCAGGGAGACUCCUGUGAUCCAGGCAAAUGUUAAAAACUCCUUACUUGAGGCCCCAGAACAACACAAGGGUCAAACACACAGUGGAACUUCCCCAAACCCGGAGCAGGGGGAGUUCAUAAAAAUAUUUUUAAAAUAUUGCAAAGCAGGAAAGGGUACCAUAAGCACAUAAAGACAUUUUAGUAAAAAAAAAAAAAAAAAAAA